GUUUGUGCAGCCGAGAUGGCUGGCACAUACUGUGAUUGACCCAUCAACCCUGCUUGGUCAUCGGAACGCUGGGGCCGCAAGGGAUCUGUCCACAGACUGGCGCGCUAAUGCAAGGCUUACCCACCCACAGCUCGAUAAAGCAGCGCCAGCAAGCGCGCUCGUAUGCUGACGAUGAUGAUAAUGAUAUCGCGAGCGUGCUCUGAAUGGAAAUGCAUGGGAGCUUCUCCUUAUGACCUCCAGGUUCCGGCCUCGCCAGCUCUGCUCUUGACGAUAUCCACCUCCUUCUCCAGCAUUAAAAUCUAAUCGAGUAGACACUUCCAGCUUGCGCCAAAAUGCCAAAGUACUUCGACUCUGUCGACGACAUUCCUGAAUUGUCCGGCAAGGUCAUUGUUGUCACGGGCGGAAAUGCGGGUCUGGGUGGUGAGACUGUGCGACGUCUCGCCGCGAAGAACCCCAAAAAGAUCUUUCUCUGCGCUCGAACUCCGUCCAAAGCGCAGGCGGUGAUUGACGAGAUCAAAGCACCCAAUGGUGUGAUCCAAGCUGUCAAGUAUGAUCUGUCGUCGCUCGAGAGCACCAGGUCCGCUGCUGCGGAGAUCCUCGCCUCGAUCGAUCGACUGGACCUGCUCUUCCUCAAUGCCGGUGUCUCCGGACUCGCUCCUGCCUUGACGGAGGAAGGGUACGAGUGGCAAUUCGGCGUCAACUACGUCUCGCACGCGCUCUUCGCUCAGCUCCUUCUGCCUCUCCUGUUGGAGACUGCCGCUCAGCCGAACAGCGACGUGCGCAUCAUCACGGUGGCUUCCGAGGCUGCCAAGGUCUUCCCGCCCAAAGCCGGCAUUCUCCUAGACCAGGUCAAGACGGACUUGUCCUCGAUCAGCGGGAUGGCGCGCUACGGGCAAUCCAAACUGGCCAACCUCCUUCUUUCGAACAAGCUGGCCCAGGUCUACCCAUCAAUCACGUCUAUCGCCGUCCACCCCGGCAUGGUGAAGACGGAGAAUUUCAGCAAGGCGGACGGGGCCGGAUGGUUCACCUACUUUUGGCAACUGUUGCUGGUGACUACCGGCGUCACCACAGAGGAGGGAGCCAAGACGCAAUUGUGGGCAGCUACGUCGAAGGAUGCAAAGACGGGCAAAUUCUACUUCCCCAUCGGUAAGGAGGAUGAUGGCGGUAAGUACGGCAAGGACCAGAAGAAGGCAGAUGAGCUGUGGUCCUGGACCACAAAGGAGCUUGCAGCACAAGGCGGCUCCGGAUGGCCAAAGGUGUAGAUCGGGAUAGAACAUUAUAAUGAUUUUUAGGCGUUAGUUUCUAGCGAGUCCUUGGAAAAGUCUCAUUCAAUACUUGUUGCUGGC